CUGUAUUUGCAGUCAAUAUGAGUAUUAACCUUCUCUUCAGGACUUCUGCUUCUCUUCGUCUGAGGAUUUCUCUCGCCAACGCCGCCGCCAUGAAGGCCAAUCAGUUUGUUAGAAGUUUUUCAUUUUUCACCCUCGUAACUCUCAAUCGGAUCUGGAAUGUAGAUGCCGUGAAUUGUACAGAAAUGAAUACAAAACAGAGGUUCACUCAUAUGCUUGGUGUGACUGAACAAGGCCAAUGUGCUUGUCCAAAACGAUUGAUCACUACAAAGAUUACACCAGAACCACCUAAAGACCCAACUACGGUUAAUAUAGAAGAGCUUAAAGCCAUGAUUGCUGCUGGUAGCAUACAGCUUUUCGAUGUCCGUGAACCUUAUGAGCUUCAAGAAUCGGGCAAAAUAGAAAGAGCUAUCAAUAUACCUCUGAAGCAAGUACCAGAAGCUUUCGCAUUAACUCCUAAAGAAUUCAGAGCAAAAUACAAAGUUAAAAAACCCAAACAAAAGGAUGAAAAUAUUGUUUUCCAUUGCAAAGCUGGAAUCAGAAGCAAGAUGGCACUAAAUGCAGUUUAUCGUCUAGGAUACAGAAAGAGUCGACAUUACCCUGGUGGAUUUGAUGAGUGGGAAACCUGUCUCAAGAGAAACGAUCUAAAGAUGGCACUACGACGAGUUUUAGGUCUAAACUAUUCCAUUAUUCUAAACCCUCGUUUAAUUUGUUCGAAAUUUCAACCAUCUCCUUUGAUUCACAAAGAUUUGUUACCACGACUCGGUAUAGUAGUACCAUCAUUUUCAACCAAGUCGUGUUAUGACACCGAAGUCGUCACUUUUCCAUGUUUGAAAAAACUCCUUGAUGAAACCAAUAUACAGCUGUUUGAUGUGAGAACACGCGAAGAAGUAGAAGCAGGAAGAAUACCUGGAGCGACUAAUAUACCCCUCGAUGAGAUUCAAGAAGCAUUUAAUUUGUCACCCGAAGACUUCGAAGCGAAGUAUAGCGUAUCGAAACCAGCUUUAGAAGAUGAAAAUAUUACAUUCCACUGUAGAACCRGUAAACGAGCACAAGAGGCUAUCCAGAUACUACAGGGAAUGGGCUUUGGAAGGACUCAUAAUUAUACAGGAGGAUGGGUAGAAUGGCAAAAAGCUAUGCAAGAGGACAUGGCUGAUGCUAUGCAUGCUGCUGCUGAAUAUGCUACUGCUACCAAUUGAACAAUGUAUUGAUAUUAAUCAUAGAUAUAUAUGACUUAGCAAAAACAAUGCUAAUAUUUAAAUCGAAUUCUGAACUCGCAGUGAAACCAACAAUAGUGGUUCUUACACUGAGAUCAUCUAAAGUCAUAAAAUGUUGGGUUUGUCUUACUGGUACCAAUACAUUAUGCUGUUUAUUCUGCUUGCCCAUAUUUUAACAGCAGUAAUUAUUGGGAAUUCUAUUCGUUUUUAUGAGAAUUAUAAGAAUUGGGAAUUCUUUCAAGUUAAUUUUACUCUGAAAGUUAAUUGAUAUUUUGUCAAAAUGUUCAGCCUGCCUUUAAAUGAUAUUAUAUUGAGUGCAAUAUUUAUAUAUAUAAAUAUGAGAUAGUUAUUUUAUUUUAUUUUUCUUGUCUUUUGCUUAAUAUUUUUGCAGCAAAGGAAAGAGCAUAACACUAUGUUUAUUUAUGUCUGUAAACAAUUUCUACAAGAUUUGCCCUACUUCAUACCCGCACUAUUGCUUUUAUUUUAUAUGACUAUUUUUUGUCUAUAUUUGGUUGUCAUAAAAUACGUUGAUGCAACAUCGGUUGCCUAGUUGUCUGUCAUUGCAAAGACGUCCUGUAUCAGAGCACUCCCCAGGGGAUGGCUUGAGGUUAAUCUAACUAAACAUAACUGGUGAGACACGAUUUUAAUUUACAUCCCUUUACGAUUGGAAGACUCAUUCAUAUUUUCCAACAAAUAUUAAAAUAUUUUUAUACUGUCUA